UAGGAGAGAGCACUACCUGCUAACGGUUUCAGCUGUGACAAAUAUCACCCGUCCCGAGUCAUUGUCGAAGGGCUCGGUAGGAUUAUACUACAUCUUGUUAGAGGUCUUAGAGCAAGGUUGCGGUUGUCGUCAUGGCUUCUGGAAGCACGAGCAGCGAAGAGGAGCGGAGCCUGAGGGAAUGCGAGCAGUACGUGCAGAAACACAACAUUCAACAGCUGCUGAAGGACUGCAUUGUCCAGCUGUGCACCUCCAGGCCCGACCGGCCCAUGGCCUUCCUCAGGGAGUACUUUGAGAGGCUUGAGAAGGAGGAGGCCAAGCAGAUCCAGAACCAGCAGAAGGCCAGCAGUUCGCGCUCCGACUCCCGCGACGAGGAGGUGUCCCCGCCCAUGAACCCCGUGGUGAAGGGUCGCAGGCGGAGGGGAGCGUUCAGCGCUGAGGUUUACACGGAGGAGGAUGCAGCCUCCUACGUCAGAAAGGUCAUCCCGAAGGACUAUAAGACAAUGGCAGCCUUAGCUAAAGCUAUUGAAAAGAACGUGCUUUUCUCUCACCUGGAUGACAAUGAGAGGAGUGACAUAUUUGAUGCCAUGUUUCCUGUCACCUACAUUGCCGGGGAGACCGUUAUUUUGCAGGGUGACGAGGGUGACAAUUUCUACGUUAUUGAUCAAGGGGAGAUGGAUGUGUACGUGAACAACGAAUGGGUUACUAGCAUCGGCGAAGGCGGCAGCUUCGGAGAGUUGGCGCUGAUAUACGGUACCCCGAGGGCCGCCACCGUCAGAGCCAAGACCAACGUCAAGCUGUGGGGCAUCGACAGAGACAGCUACAGGAGAAUACUCAUGGGGAGCACUUUGAGGAAGAGGAAGAUGUAUGAGGAAUUCCUCAGGAAAGUUUCCAUUUUAGAAUCUUUGGACAAGUGGGAGCGCCUGACCGUCGCCGACGCGCUGGAACCGGUCCAGUUUGAGGACGGCCAGAAGAUUGUAGUGCAGGGAGAACCUGGAGAUGAGUUCUUCAUCAUUUUGGAGGGGUCUGCUGCGGUGUUGCAGCGUCGCUCAGAGAACGAGGAGUUUGUUGAAGUGGGGAGAUUAGGACCAUCGGACUACUUUGGUGAGAUCGCUCUGCUGAUGAACCGCCCCCGCGCCGCCACCGUGGUCGCCCGCGGCCCCCUCAAGUGCGUCAAGCUGGACCGGCCUCGCUUCGAGCGCGUCCUGGGCCCGUGUUCGGACAUCCUCAAACGCAACAUCCAACAGUACAACAGCUUCGUGUCGCUGUCUGUCUGAAGGAGCUCAUGUUCCCCCCCCCCCCACCCCUUCUUUUGCUCCUUUUAGACCCAGGGUCCACCAACGCGAUUUGCUUUCUGCCACUUUCCUUCCCUCUCUUUUUCCCCCUCCUUUUGAGUUGCCCUCUUUUCUUUCGUGGUUGCCACCCACCCGUCACCCAGAGGUGACUUUUAGCCGUUCACCAGCGCUUGUACCAGCUGCUGUAACGUUACCGUGUAGGCACAGUUGCAUCACGCUACUUACGUCAUAUAUCUGCUGGUUCCGCUUUGUUUUUAUUUUUAUGAUUUUUUUUUUUUUUUUUUUUUUUGAGAACGCAAAACAAGAUUUGUUAGAUAUGGGCUCUCAAAGACAGGACAAUCAAAAACCUCCCAUCGAGUCCCAUUAGACAUGCAGCAGUAAGCUCACGAGCAUAGAAGACGAUUGCACCAAAUGUUGUCAGUUAGAAGUGCCGGAUCCUUUUUGAGACUUUUUGCUUUCCGAGCCGUCGGAUGAGAUGAUGGCGAGACGUCAAAAUGUUGAGUUUUAGUGUGUCGCUUCCAGGCUGGUGCCAAAUGUUUAUUACAAGGUGAGAUGAAUUGUUACCUUCUAUUUGGAGCAUUAAAUAGGAUUCCCCCCCUUUUCCUCAAACCCUUCUUGUCCUAACCAGUAGAACACCUCAACAAGAACUGCCUUGAAGAGGGAAAUGAAAAAAUAUAUAAAAAGCGGGAACACACCCAAAAGUAUUGUGCAUUUCAGUAUUCCGUUUUUUAGUAUAUACCAAAUAACUUGGUCACUUAUGCUAUGGUUUGUAAUCAAAAUGUUCAAGUUAAAUGAUCAUUGACUCGAUGACUAUUCUUAGAUUUAUGGUUUGGAGUGUUGGUAAUCUUAAAAAGAUAAGUUCUCACUGUCUUUUGUAAACACUUAUUUUUCCAUAAAUUCUAUUUUAGCUGUCCAGUGCCACGAAGUAAAUAAAUGCUUCUUGUCGAUCGACACAACAGUAUGUAAUUGUAUCGUGUAAUAAUGAGUUCUGACUUUUUUUUUUUUUUUUCUUCUUCUUCUUCUCUCCCCUCAUUUUUUUUCCUCAACUAGAUGAAAGGGUGUAAAGAAACCUAUUUCAGGACAUCAAAGGUAUUUUAGGUAUCGAGAGUGAGUUAUUUAUUUAAAACUUUUGCUUUUUUGCCUACUGGAAAAAGCCGCCUGUUCUUUCAUCCGCUUGUGAUUUGUCCUCUCUGCGCUUAUGCGGCAUGAUGAUGUUAAACAUCCUCGACAUGACAACAGCAGCUUUGUGCAGAAGCGACAACUUUUGUUAUUGAAUAUUAGAUUUGUUAUUUCAUGACUAUACUGUCCAAGUGAUUUCAGCCUAACUUCAUUCCUGCGUCAUUGUUCUUGAAAAGAUAAAAUUUUAAUGCUGAUUUGCAGAGUAGUCACAUUAGUUGGACACCAAUCGUCUUCAUGACGUGUUACCCUCCCCCGCUCAGGCUAUCCUUGUGGAUUUAGUCACUUCUUGUUCAUCCCACUCCACAGGAAAAAGAUUCUUGAUAGGGACGAAGGGGUUUGUCGGACUAAGGUCUCCGUGUAAAUGGCAGCAACAUCAGCAAUCGGUUGUAAAUGUUUUAGCCACACUGCAGUCGUCCCGGUUUGCCUUCGCUGAACUUUUCCUGGGCUUACAGUAGUCGUCGGUCACUCCCGCUGGUUCCGAACUUCAAGCGGGUCGGUGUGGGCCUGUAGUGCGCUGAGCCGCAGGCGAUCAGAGGACCAUUCUUUUUCUAUUCUUCCCUGUAUUCAGUUUGACCUCCUGUAUGUGCAAAGAUGUUUAUCCUUUUUGGUAUAGAUUGUUCCAGAUGGCAGUUUAAGCAAUAAAAAAGUAAAAAAAGAAUUCA